CUAGUGGAACGCGCGCGGUCCUCACGUCUCGCAUUCGAAGUCCGAAGACAGGUGCCGGUGCGCGCAUACGGCCAUAAGUUCCCCGCCUGUUGCAACGUUCGCUUGUCGAAUGACUAUUCCGUGUCAAGCAUAACAAUCACUCGCACAUUAAUAAUACUCACCAUAUUCGGAUGGGACGUGCUGUGCGGUAAUGUUUGUCCCCAAACUUGGAUUCAGUGAGUUCUAGUGACAGUUCGGUGACGAUGCCGGGACACGCCGGGAGCCCGUAUUGGGCCGCUGUAGACUUUGAUAGCGAGGGUGAGGAGCAACAGGAAUCUCCGAACCACCGUGUGUACUUGGACCCUUGGGAUAACGAAGCUUACGGGAUCAUUCAGGAUACGGACGCGAGUCAGGGGGAGAAUUUGCAUUCGUUUGCUGGCGAACCAGUCAGUGCUAGUUUUUACUACGUUCCGACUAAAAACUAUGACUCUGAGGAAGAAGUGCCGGCGCCCCCGCCGCCAAGGAGGAACAUGACGCCACCAGAGGUUAUUCCAUGCGAAUAUGCUGUGUACGGGAGGAAGAUGUCCAGAGUAAUACCAGAAAUGAUAUACAAUGAGAGACCAAUGCGAGACCGCAGAAGAUCCAUGUACAUCGAAGAGCCAGUAUACGCGCCUCACCCGAUGAUUUACGAGCCCCUUUACGGCCAUGUGCUGGCCCCACCCCCCGGCUACCUGCCCCCACCGCCGCGCUCCAGGAUGUCCCUGCCGCACCACCCCGAGUACAUGAUGGCGAACCUCGGAUACGGGAAACAUAGGAGACAUUCCAGGUUAACGGACGCCUACGAGCACUUCGCCAACGAGCGGCUGUCUCCAGAAUACGAAGACUGGGCGCGCCCCUUCCCCAAAACUGCGCCUGACAACUUCCACCUCUCCCGUUACGGACAUCUGCAGAUCGAUUACUCUUGUAGCUGGAACUCGCUCGACAGGCUCAUCAGAAACCAGUAAAUAAGCAAGGCCUGCCAACGAACGGUUGACUAAAUACUAGGACAGGUGCGCCUCUCUGACACGGCACCCUGUCAUCUGUAGCUGGAGUCAAUUUGUAGCUGGAACUGGCUCGAAAGACCUAUAUGAAAACAGUAAACGUAGGCUUUUAGUAACACUGUCUUCAGAAUUCGAAUACAUAGUUUAGCGUAGGGGACGGCAAACUUUUAAGAAAAAUAGCUAUAGUCCGACAAGAAAUUGUAGAAAUUAAAAAGUGGCGAUACUGCAGCAGUGGUGGUUGAUUUGAAAGCAAAUCAAUCUGAGGAAACGGGAUGACACUACAGUAUUGCCACUUUUUAAUUUCUACAAUUUCUUGUCGGACUGUAAUUGUAGCCAAAUCAGAAAUUCUAUAGUCCAAUAUGUACCUAGAGUCAGACCAAGAUAAGUCUGGAACGAUUUUGACGACACACGCAGUGCAAGUGUUAUUUAUACGUCAUAACUUCAUAAGCCCGC